AUGGACGAAGCAGUAUCGCCUGACCAGGGCGCUGGUAACUGGAAUCCAGCAUCACGCCCGGAGAAUACCAUACACGGGGUUGCGGCGACUUCGAUAGAAGCUACUUCCUUCGACCUCCCGGUCACCGAAAGCGCGCCAGAACCUCCUCGCUCUGACGUUAUAUCGCCCCUCAGCGACGACAGUUUUUCUGCGUGGGAUAUGCCAGAAGAUGCGGCCGCUGCACACCCGGAGCCUACAUCGUUAAAUUCCAUUUUGGCGGACGUGCCCCCGACUCCUAACGAGACUGGAAUGGAUGAUCAGAAGAAUGUCAGUACGGCGUUACUUGACGACAAAAACGAUUUUAGCACGACUAUCACCCCGGACGUUUCUCUCGACUCCCCCUCCGAUGAUAUUGCGCCCGCGCAGUCCGAGCCUAGCCAGCCGGAGAUCUCCACCACCGCCAAUGCCCUAGAAGCAGAAAUCUCUGUGCCUGACACAACUACUACCUUCAAUGAUGGUUCCAUGGAUUUUUCGGAGCUAUUGACGAAAGAUCCAGUAGUCGAGGAACCUCUGAAUAAACAACAAGACCCUGAAGCGGAGGUUGUUGAGGCUGUGCGUGUUGAAGAUAUACCUGUGGGGACUCAUGUGGUAGAGUCUCAGUCUGAUCCGAUUUUCGCGUCUAAUGAGGAUUCCGUCGACUUUUCGGAGCUAUUGACGAAAGACCCGGUCGUCGAGGAGCCUCUGAAUAAACAAGAAGACCCUGAAGCGGAAGUUGCCGAGGCUCAUAUACCUGUGGGAACCCAUGUGGUAGAAUAUCAGUCUGAUCCGAUUUUCGCGUCUAAUGAGGAUUCAGUCGACUUUUCGGAGCUAUUGGCCAAAGAGCAAGUCACUGAGGAACCUCUUCAUCGACAAGGAGACCGAGAGGUGGAAGUUGCUGAUGUUGCGCCUGUUGAAUUCCAGCAACUUGAAUCACAUCCGGCAGAAUCCUCGUCCAUCGCCGCAGUUUUCGGCUCCAGUGAAGAACCAGAUGAUUUUUCUGCUUUACUAUCCGCGAAUGUCGAACCCACAUCUAUCCCGAUGCAAACCGACCCAAGUGAAGCCAUUUUUGCAUCAAACGAAGCCCCUGAAAAGCUGGAAUCUGCUCCGAUAGAUUCUUGGCCCGCGCAGGACACGAAGCCACAAGAACUUCCGGUUGAAAACAGCUUACCCCCGCAUGAACCGACUGUCGAGGGAAUUUCCCAUUCGACUGACGUGGUACCAUCAGGCUUCGAAGAACCAGUGAUGGAUACAAGUGCAGAUGGUGGAGGUGCCUGGGGUAGCCAGGCCGACGGAGAAUUUGAUUCAGAUGGUGAUGACUUUUUUAAUCAACUGAAAACCCAGACUAAACCCAUCUUCGCACCCGAAGCGGAGUCGAGGUUUGAAGAGGGUAUCCCGUUGCUCGAAGAAGACACCCCGGAUUCCCAAGAACCUUUAGUGCACGACAAGGAGGUAGCAACUGAUAUGUUUGCUAAUGACAACGACGAUGUGGAGGAUUUCUUCAGUUCUGUGAAACAGUCGAAACCCGUUGAAGAUGAACAACGCUUUCAUAUUACUCGCAAAAGUACAAACCAGGUGUUGGAAUCGGCCGGGUUUGACAUCAAUUCCCCCACAAGCGAUAUCUCGGCAGCGGCGCAGUUCGACGAUGUUAUCAAGGCAGCGACCUCCGAGCCUCAGCAGCCUCAAACCCAAACCAGCGAACCCGCGCCUUCAGAUGAUGACUUGGCUGCAAGGUGGGAGGCCGAGCUGAGCGAUGCAGAGGAAGAUGACCUUGCAGCUCGCUGGGAGGCGGCACUGGAUCUGGAUGACGAUAUAGAAGACGAUAUCCCAGCAGCUUCACAUGUCCCCCAGACUCCAAUGGCUGUGGGUUUGAACAGUCCAUUUGAGACACCUCAGCAGCGGCAAACUCCGCCCAGGCCCAUUCCUGGUGUAUACACUCCACACCAACCAUCCACUGCAGAUUUAGUUGGAGGAGUCGAUUUCCCGGGUGCCCCGCCUGCAAAUUCCACCAUGCCGCCAUUCUAUACACAACAACCGCCGAACCCAGUCACCACCAGGGGAGAAAGCUUUGCUGAGCGGUCUAAAGAAGGUUACAAAUCUCCUUACGAUCUCCCUGAUGACUUGUCUCUGCCUCGGCGGCCUGUUGUCACUCAGAAGCCUACCCCUCCGAAGGUGGACAACAGCAUGCCGCCUCCACCACCUCCAGUGAGUAACUCAUAUGCUGUCCCUCCCUCUACAGCUUCUGCACGGCCAGCGGCAGCUGUUACUACGCCUACACCGAAGAACUUCUAUGAGGAACUUCCGUUGCCUCCCCCACGAUCCAGACCAGCCAGCUCAGGGCGGUAUACGCCAGGACCGACUGGCCCCGCCACAACAGAUUCGUCAAUGGGUCCGCCCCCCCAGAGCCCAUAUGCACCAGUAAUGGGCACUGUGCCUGUUCUCCCUACAGGUGGCGUCCUUCCUGCUCAGUGUUCGCUCCAGCCGCCGGAGCUUUUGGACCCAUAUGGUCCCAGUGGAACAUUAGCCUCGAGUGCCCCUGCUGGUCCUCCUGCUUCCUCCCGCUAUUCUCCUAUGCCUCCUAAUCUACAGCCCUCGGGGAAGCCCCCUUCGGUCUCAAGAUACUCACCCGCGCCUCCCCCUUCAACAUCUGGUAGUCGAAAUCGCUACGCCUCGCAGCCACUGGGUGUUCCUGGUCAGGGUGUCAACCUGCCUUUCCAGCCUCGUACAUCAAGCCCGCUGGCAUACCACGAAAAGGUGUCAUAUCAGCCCGAUGGUCUUCAGCAGGAGCAGCAACCGCCGCUGCUACAGCCCCCAUCGCUUCAACCUUCCGUUGAUCUGUCACCGCCCCGACAGCGGUCAAGCAUAGACCAAGGGUCAGUCCAUGCCCCACAGCUGCCUAAUGGAUCCUCCUAUGGCGCGAACCAGGCAGCCGGAAGUCCUCCUGGUGGUUCGCAACAGAAGGGUCGCUAUGCACCUCAAGAGUACAUGAACCAGUUCACUCAGCGUAUGGUGCCAAACAAUCCCUACGCUCCGACUCCUCCCGUAGUCGAUGCCCAGCCUUCUUCUCAAGCCAGCGAGCCUGGAGUAAUCUCUCCCCGCAGGUCUCAAACCCAGUCACCUGGUCGCCAAUUGGUAAGCCCUCGAGCAUACGUGCCGCCCCUUGACACUCUUCCCCGCCCUGCUUCAGUGCACGGAUCAAGCUCCCCGACAAAGACCGUGAAUCCUUAUGCACCUCAGCAAGCCGCAAGCCGUGCUCGGGCGGCUUCUCGAGCUUCUCAGCAGCUUGAGUUUAUCGCGCCCACUGAUGGUCAAGAACAAGAUCCCCUCCAGCGUUGGAAGGGUGCUCCUAUCUUCAAAUUUGGGUUUGGUGGAGCGGUGGUCUCGUGCUUCCCCAAGCACGUUCCUCGUUAUUCUGCCGGGGUAGCGGUUCCAAUGAUCAAGCCCACUCUUGGUGAACCUAGAUAUUCUCAGCUUGAUGCAUGGCUACCGACUGGCGAGACUAUUGUGCCGCAUCCUGGUCCUCUUAAGACCAAAUCCAAGAAAAAGGACGUGUUGACCUGGCUCUCUAGCAAGAUUGCAGCCUUUGAAAAUGAAGAAACACCGGGCUUCAAUUCUCAUCAGCCUGAUAUUCAAAAGCGUCACGAAGAGAAGAUCUUACUCUGGAAGGUCACUAAAAUCUUGGUUGAAAGUGAUGGUACUUUUGAAGGAUCCCCUGAGAUUCAAAAGUCUCUGCGACAGAUCAUUUCCCCGAAUCUCCACGAUCCUCAACCCGAAGCUGAGAACACUUAUGGAGCCCCAUUCCCUAUGUCCAGUGGUCCAGGAGCUUUGGGCAUUUCCUCUCAACCGGAUGCCAUUGACGCUCAGUGGAGUGAAGAGCUCCGGAACCAUCUGCUGCUUGGUGAGCGGGAAAAGGCCGUCUGGGCCGCUGUCGAUAGGCGCCUUUGGGGCCACGCAAUGUUGAUUGCUUCGACUAUGGAAAAAACUAUCUGGAGACAGGUCGUUCAGGAAUUUGUCAGACGUGAGGUCCGGUCUACAGGAGCCAACACCGAGUCGAUCGCGGCUCUUUACCAGAUAUUUGCCGGCAAUGUUGAGGAGAGUAUCGACGAGCUUGUUCCUCCAUCGGCACGGGCUGGUCAUCAUUUGAUCAGCAAGGCAAAUGGUCAAGGCGCCCCUAAGAAUGCACUUGACGGGCUCGAAAGCUGGAGAGACACUCUUGGCUUGGUAUUAAGCAACCGCAGCUCCGAUGAUCAACAAGCGUUGCUGGCUCUUGGAAAUUUGUUGGCCUCCUAUGGCCGUACUGAGGCCGCCCACAUUUGCUUCAUCUUCUCUCGAAAUGCAGUCUUUGGUGGAGCCGACGAUCCCCAGGCCAACAUUGUGCUCCUUGGUGCUGAUCACCAGCGCCUUCCUUGUUCCCUGCUCGAUGAUGAUUCUAUUCUCUUGACUGAGAUCUAUGAGUUUGCCACAUCUGUCCUGGGCAAUUCUCCAGUAGCCAACUUGCCGCACCUACUAGCUUUCAAGCUUAUGCAUGCCAAGUACCUCGCCGACCGUGGGCGUAAAUCAGAGGCACAGAACUACUGUGAUGCAUUUGCUACAUCUCUUAAAGCAACCACUCGUCCGUCACCUUACCAUCAUCAACAGUUGUUCAACGACAUUGAUGAGCUAUCAGCGCGCCUUCGUCAAGCCGCUAGCGAUGGGGCUUCAUCUUGGAUUUCAAAGCCGAGUAUGGAGAAAGUUUCCGGAUCUAUGUGGGCCCGGUUCAAUAGCUUCGUUGUCGGUGAUGACAAUGACGCAACUUCAACAGGUUCAGGCAGGGUUGGUGAGGCUUCGGACUUUGGACCAUUUGCUGGUGUGGCUGGGACACCUACUGUGAGCCGGUCCCCAUCCGUGUCAGAUCUAUAUGGCUCCUACCCGGGAGCUGGAGCGCAGCAAAUCCCCCCCGCUGCGAUCUCUGCCGCCGGUUCUUCAAGGUAUCUUCCAUCCAACCAAUAUGCCGUGAAUGGCUCGCCGGAGCAGUUACGUGGUAGGUCCUCCAUGGAUUCGCAGAGAUCUGUCUCCGGUGGUGUUCUCUUUGGACAACGCAGGCCUUCACAGGACCCUGAAACCCCAGUGGACUCUAUGUUCCCGGGAGCACCUAUGUAUGGAUCUUCACCUGGCAAUGUUGCAUACCAACCUACCCCGCCUCAGCAAUCUUAUAUGCCUCUGGCUCCAGUCAAGGAGGAUGCUACUCAACCACCAGCUGAAGCAACCCAAGCUCCCGUGAAUGGUCUCUUUUAUCAGCCUCCUGGGCAGGCCAAUGGUUCUCCCAGCCAAUCACCCUACUACCAAGGCCCACCUGACAUGCCACAAGCUGAGAAUUCCGGUUACACGCCCCCAGCUUCUGCCAAUUCCUAUGAGCCUCCAUCUUACGCGCCAGUCAUGAGUCUUGCCCCAGAGGAGAUUGAACCUCAAGAAGAUGAGCUAAAACCCAAGAAGGCAUUUAUGGAUGACGACGACGAGGAUCUCUCUGCUCGAGUAGCAAACCUGAAGCUAUCCCAAAAGCAAGAGAACGAUCGUAAGGCAGAUGAGGCAUUCCGAAAAGCCGCCGAAGAAGAUGCCAAACGUGAUCAGCAGCAAGCUCAAAAGAAGGGUUGGUUCGGUGGAUGGUUCGGUGGAGCUGGCAAAAAGGAGUCCGAAAAUGCAGGCGGUGGUCCUAUCAGAGCUAAACUCGGCGAGGAGAGCUCUUUCUAUUAUGACAAUGAGCUGAAGAAAUGGGUCAACAAGAAGGAUCCUAAUUCCAGUGGUCCUGCUCGUGCCACACCCCCGCCUCCUCGAAGCUCUGCUCCUCCCAGCCGGGCCAGCUCUGGCAGCAUGCCCCCUCCCCCUGCUCCGAUGUCUGUCACCUCUAACAGUCGACCCCAGUCAUCGUCCAGUGACGCGCCCCACUUGUCAUCAAGCCCCGCAUUCCCCGGGCUCGCUGUCCCUCCACCCAUGCCACGAUCUGUUUCUACUGGCGGGGCCAUUUCAUCCACUCCACCCAGACCUCCUUCCUCCCUCAGUCAUGCCCAGUCUAUUGAUGAUCUUUUGGCCGCUCCGACGGCCCGCAAGGCUGGUAAUAACGUCCGAGGCAGAAAGAAGGGUCGCUACGUUGAUGUCAUGGCACAAUGA